CAUUUAUUGAAAUACCAUGACUUGUAUAGCACGUCACCAACCUCUCUGCCGCCUCCUCACAUCCCUCUACAGACCACACCAGGUACCAGCGUACCGUCCAGUACCCACCACCACCGUGUACCUACAGUCACGGACCCUGUACAGUAAACGGUACAUACUCGGACCACUCGACCACAUUGAUCAACGGAUAAACCUGUUGCACAGGAUCCUGGACAAGAUGGACAGAGAGGUCACUAUGCGAGUCUGGCAGGAGACUUGCAAAGUAGUAGACGAGCUUAACCAGAGCAGUCCCGCUAGAAAAGAGAGAGCUCCCUGUAAUCUUCAUAAAAGAGAUGAAGUACGAGACUAAGAACCCCCGACUGGAGUACUACCCCCCACGGGAUAUCCCACCCAUCAUCCCACCAGGUACUCUGAUGUGGUGGAGUAUUGAUGAUGUGUUCGAGCGUGUUAUCAACCCUGGGUAUGCUCUGUUCGCUACUACAGAGAAUGUCAGCGCGUACAGUGAGGUUGAUGCUGACAGCAGUGGGGUUGAGGCUGAUGAUGGGGUGGAGGACGAACAUUUCUACAACGAUCCUGAGCUCAGGGAACUUUUACAGAGAUCUAAGUUUGAAGCUGAGGGUCCGGUAACAAAACAGGAUAUUUUAGAGUAUUUGAGGAGUGAACUGAACCUGUUUGUACCAUCAGAGAAACAUGUGUUGUUGAGUGAGACUCUGUCUAAGAGUGGUGAACAUGAGGUGUCUCUUAAGAUUAACAGUAGACACAGGGAGAAUGUAAGAGUGGUAAUUAUACCCUGAUUACUGAGAUCAUCUUAUCAUGCUCUUUUCUGAGGAGUGUUAUUGUU